CUCCUCUCUCGAGGCACUUUUGGCUCGCUCGCCUACUUCGACUCGCCACAACUACAACAUUAAGCAUAACACAAAAACUUUCACCAACUCCCACCGACAAACUCACUCUAUUUUUCACACACUCUGAAUCACUCUCCUGAACAGGACCCUUCAAAAAUUUUCACUUCAAUUUUACUUAAACCCCUCUCAAAACCCAUAAGAUUAAAUAAUUCCAACUGUUUGUUUAGUUAAAAAGAUUUUUUUUUUUUUUUUGGUUUUGAAUUUGAAUAAUGGGGGAUUAUAGUUGGAUUAGAAGCAGGCGAGGUGGGGAGGACAGAUUUUAUAGUCCGCCGGCACUGAGACAGCGACGGAAAACCCAGCAGCCGCAACACCAACAGAAACAGUUGAGAUUUGCCCCGGUGAAAAGUGCUGGGUCCGGGACGGGUUCGGAUGAUGGGACGACCUCGUCAGCAUCGACCAAGAUAGGGGCGGCGGCGGUGGACCCGAGGAUGGUGUCGGUUCAGUCGCCGGAAGUGGAGAAUUUGACUAACUUGGAUCGGUUUAUAGAGCAUACUACCCCUAGUGUUCCAGCUCAGUUUUUUCCCAAGACAACCAUGAGGGAAUGGAGAAACUAUGAUGACGAGUUCCAUCCGUACUUUGUUCUGGGUGAUCUGUGGGAAUCUUUCAAGGAGUGGAGCGCGUAUGGAGCCGGAGUUCCUUUAAUCUUGAAUGGGAGCGAGACUGUAGUCCAGUAUUACGUCCCCUUCUUGUCUGGCAUACAACUGUACAUAGAUCCGUCAAAACCUGUCAUGAGGCAAAGGAGGCCAGGUGAGGAAAGUGAUGCUGAUUCUUCCAGGGAGACCAGUAGUGAUAGUAGUGGGGAAAUUGGAGCUGAUGGAGGCAGCAGUAGUGCUCAACGAACUGAGAGGCAGCAGCACCAUACUAGUACACCUGCUCAAGGAUUGAGCAGAAUCUCACUAGCACAUAAUCCAUUCUCGGGACUGUCUGGUGAUGAAGAUGAGAUCAAGAACCCUUCUGGCCUUCUCAUAUUUGAGUAUUUUGCUAAGGAUCAGCCUUAUGGGCGUGAACCUCUGGUUGAUAAGGUUUCACACCUUGCAUCCCAGUUCCCUGAGCUCAAAACAUAUAAAAGUUGUGACUUGACUUCUGCAAGUUGGAUUUCUGUGGCUUGGUACCCCAUUUAUAGGAUACCUAUGGGUCCGACUUUGCAGAGUCUUGAUGCCUGCUUUCUGACGUACCAUUCCCUGUCAACACCUUUGAGAAUAGCUAAAGAUGGAGACUGGCCACAUCUUCAUUGUUCAGCCAUUAGUGGCAAAACACAGGAUGUGGGCAUGCCUUUGAGAUUGCAACUACCCACUUUUGGACUCGCUUCUUACAAGUUCAGGAUUUCGUUUUGGAAUCACAAUGGAGGUUAUGAAUCUCAGAAGGCUGACUCUCUUAAGCAAGCUGCUGACAAUUGGCUCCGGCGCUUGCAAGCCAAUCAUCCAGACUAUAGGUGGUUUGAAUCUCACUAUGCAUUUUGGUGGUGAAAGGGGAAAUGCAAGCAGUCCCUUGCCCUUGUCCCCUUAGGAUGAUGUGGGCUGGGCGAAUUCCAGUUUGUUUCAGCAAUUUCCGCUCUUUAUGUGCUAGUGUUAUGCUGGAGCUCAUAUCUCAGCUAUAUAUGGUGGCCAAACAAAUGUAUCCGUUGUAUUUGGGGUUCCUUGUAGCCAACUUGCAUUAUGAAGCUUUUAUAGGAGGGUAUAUGUCAGGACCUGGAUGCAAUAACCGAGUUCAUAGUGGGGUUUAGGAUGUGAUGCGUUCUAAGCCAUUUUGCCUGUUUACUUUUGAGCCUGUGUAUUUGAAAGAACUUUUGCCAAUUAGGUUUUCUGACGAUGACGAAUAGCUUGUAGGACUUGUAUAGACCUGGCUUGUAACAUUCGAUGAUUCUAAUGUUGCCAGUUAGUAGUUACUACCAACUUUAGGAA